GCUGAAAUUGGAUUGGGGCACAGCAGGAGGGGGAGGAGGAGGAGGAGGAGGAGGAGGAGGAGCAGGAGGAGGAGGAGGAAAAAGUGGGAAACCGAGGGGGGAAACCGAGGGGAAACCGAGGACCCAGGAAAAUUCAGCCUGCCAGAUUUCCUCUCUGGAUGCUCCAGUCUACAGCUAUCUCCAAGAUGCACUGCCGUUAAAACUGCCAUUAAAACAGGGGUCCAGCUUUUGGGGAGGGGGCAGAGAGGAGAGACCCAAACCCACCUUCCGCUUCCUGGAAUUUGGAGACACACCCGAACCCCAACAUGCCAGCUUGGCCGCUGUCCUUUUAACUCCUCCGCUCCCCUGGGAAACCGACUGCCUGGACCAGCGGCUCUGCUUGCCCAUCCUCAUUUUGGACCCCCCCAACCGUGAUGUGAGGCUAAGAGAGAGAGAGAAAAUCCAGACGCAUGGAAGACCAAUCCGGAAGUCAGAAAUGGCACCCCCAAGACGAAGGAAAAGACCCAGCCAGAUGUGCUCCUGCUUUCACUCUAAGGAGACCUCCUGCCAUGGUGCCCAGGUCAGAGUGACUGAAUUUCCAACCUAAACUUCUGAGACCACAAUGAAAAACCACCAGAGCCCUCACACCGUCGUGCUGGUGAUUCUCUUCGCCUUGUUCAUGCUGCUGAUCAUUUACAAUUCCAACAGCCACAAUGAGGCCCUCCUCCGUUACACCGUGUCGCAGGCCAAGACCCCGCUGCCCUCCAGCCUCAAGAAGUGGGGGGUGAAGGGCGAAUACCUGCCUGUGCCCGGAGGGAAGCCCUUGGUUCAGCACUGCAAUGAAUGUGCCCUCAUCACCAGUUCCAGUCACCUCCUGGGCAGCAAACUGGGCCGAGCCAUCGACGAGUCCGAAUGCACCAUCCGCAUGAACGACGCGCCCACCACGGGCUUCUCGGACGACGUGGGGAACAAGACUACCUUCCGGGUCGUGGCUCACUCCAGCGCCUUCCGGGUCCUGAAGAGGCCGCAGGAAUUCAUCAACAAGACCCCCGAGAACAUCUUGAUUUUCUGGGGUCCCCCCCUCAAGAUGCAGAAGAGCAUCAUCAAGCUCAUCGAAAGGGUCAGCCUCAGUUUCCCCAACAUGUCGGCCUUCGCGGUUUCUCCCAAGCGCAUGCAACAGUUUGACGAAUUGUUCCGAAAAGAGACCGGCAAGGACAGGCAGACUUCCCGGUCCUGGCUGAGCACCGGAUGGUUUACCAUGGUGAUCGCGGUGGAAUUGUGCGACAAACUCCACGUUUAUGGCAUGGUGCCCCCCAGUUACUGCAAUAAGACCCCUCCCCACCGGCUGCCCUACCACUAUUACGAACCCAAAGGGCCAGAUGAAUGCACCACUUACAUCCACAACGAACGUAGCCACAAAGGAAAUCAUCACCGUUUCAUCACCGAGAAACGAGUCUUCGGCCGAUGGGCUAAUCUCUACAACAUCACUUUCUCGCACCCCGAAUGGGAAUAGUGGCAACAAGGAGACAAACCCCCCCCCCCCACAAGUGCCAAAACUGGGAUCCUGCAGACUUCCCCACCCCUGGACUGCUGAGUUCUAAAUUUCCCAUCUUGUCCUAGAGGAGUGCCUUGGGGCAUUAGAAUUAGAUGUCCGAUGAGAAUCACAGUUGGAUGGAAGGCCAAGGUUGCUUCUAAGUUGAGCUUGUUGGUAAGCUCUCCAAGAGAAUUUUCUCUCUCUCUUUCUCUGGUUCUUGUUAUUUCUCAUCAUGCCCUAGAGGAGUUGGGGGCAUUGUGGGAAAUUAGAAGUCUGGUCAGCUCACAGUUGGAUGGAAGUCCAUCAAGGUUGCUUCUAGUUGGAUGGUUGGUGGUUGGUAAGUUCUCCAAGAAAGUUUUAUUUUCCUUCUCUCUCUGGUUCCUGGAACUGCUGUGUUAUUUCCCAACAUGCUCUAGAGGAGUGCCUUGGGGCAUUGUGGGAAAUUAGAAGUCCGAUGAGAAUCACAGUUGGGCGGAAGUCCAUCUCAGCCCCUUGCAAGGUUGCUCCUAGGUGGAGCUUGUUGGUAAGCUCUCCAAGAGACCCCCCCCCUUCUCUGUUCUUGUUAUUUCUCAUCAUGCCAUAGAGAAGCACCUUGGGGCAUUGUGGGAAAUUAGAAGUCCGAUGAGCUCACAGUUGGAUGGAAGUCCAUCAAGGUUGCUUCUAGUUGGAUGGUUGGUGGUUGGUAAGUUCUCCAAGAGAGAUUUGUUUCCCCUUUCUCUGGUUCCUGGACUGCUGUAUUAAGUUUCCCAUCAUGCCAUAGAGGUGUGCCUUGAGGCAUUGUGGGAAAUUAGAAGUCUAGUGAACUCACAGUUGGUUGGAAGCCCAUCAAGCUUGCUUCUAGUUGGAAGUUUAAUGGUUGAUAAGUUCUCCAAGAUAGAUCCCCCCCAUCUCUUUCUGGUUUUUCUUCACUGCCUUGUUCAACUUUAGAGACUUGAUCCUGGCAGGGGAGCCCUCCUGAACUACAGAUUCCAAGUCCCAUUAUUCCUAGCCAACUUGCUCAUGAUCAGAGAAAAUGAUAGUUUGGAAGGUGGUCACCAUCUGUUUAACCCCCCUCUUCCCCCGUCUUGCUCCAUCUCUUUAAUUCUUUCAAAGGUUGGGUUUGUUUUUUUUAAGAGAGGUCAAUUGGGCUAAACUUCCCUUGGUGCUUGCCCCUCCCCAGUUGUGGAGGAUGGGAGUUGUAAUCUUGGGCUAUCAAGGGGAGACAAGAUGAAGGUGCUAUUUUGUUCCUGUCCUUAUUACGAAAAGAUUUUAAAAAUUAAAAUACUUUUUUAAAAAACAGAACAGGGAAGGGAGAAGGGAGAGCCCUCCAGUGGUCAUCUAAUCUGCCCCCAAAGUUUCUGAAGGCAUUUCAUACCUGCUGCUGGCCAAGUGAUGAAACCCCUUAUCUGUCCUAUCCAGGAAAGGGGGUCCCCAAAUCUAUUGAUCUUAUUUUUUUUCUGUUACGUGGUGGGUACCCAGGCCUGAGCACCGAGGUAGCUGGCCUCCGAUUUGCCAACUCCGCAAAUAACAUCACCAUUCCUACACCUUAAAUGGCAAAAUUCAAACAAGAGAAUUGAGCUUUGCGACUCUUGAGUUCUCUCCUGCAAAACCCAGACCUCCAUCCAUCCAUCUUUCUCAGUUCAGUUCAUUUCCAUCUGUUGGGGUUGCAGUGCCCAUUAACCCCAGCUGCGACAGCCAGGUUAAACGAUGACUCCACCCCUCCUCCUCCUCCUCUUCCUCCUCCUCCUCCUCCUCUUCCUCCUUCUUUCUGGAGCCCCUUCCUCAAAG